AUGGGUCGCUACCUCAACACCAACCCGUGUUCAAGCUCUGUGAACAAGACUUUGAGGUCGUUCUGCAAAAUUAGGUACCUGAUGAGCCUUCUCAGAAAGUACCCUCGCCUGGCCAGAGCGCCGCUCUGUUUGGAUCUCCACAGAUAUUCGCAAAUGUUUCCUCAUCGUACUUGCAGAUCCACAAGAAAAGCAGCAUUCAAUGGUUUUAUUAGAAGCGAUACAGGCUCUGCAUCUUACCUCUUCCUCAGCAAUUUUAACAAAGGUGUGAAGCAUCUCCAGGUUGUGCGUUUUUACUCAUCCUCCAAUAAGAAUUCAUUCAAAGCUGAAGCUCCAAUCGGGAUCUUUGAGGAACCUCAAAACAGCUUCAAUUUGAGUUCACUGGGAGGACGUCUUGGUCAAUCCUUUAACCGGUUGUCCAGCCACAUCAAUUAUUAUUUCAAAAGCAAGGAAGCUCUACCAUUGGCUGAAAACGCCACUCUUGUUGUUUCAACUCCAGCUUAUACAAGCAGGUCACAGAGGCGUAGUCAAAGCCACUGGGCAAACAGAGAGCACCAAAAAUCGGAGGGCAAAGAGACGACGCAAAAUCUGGAGUGCAAAGAAAAGCAUGAGGGCUCAGGAGCAAGUCCUCCAUCGCAGAGCUAUUCUCGACUUCAACUUUUUCACAUCAGCUCUUUGGCGACAACUUUCGGUGAAAGCUACAGCUACGUCGCAAACCACAUUAACUCAGCCUUCUCUCGUGGUUCCACAAAAGUUGAAAUGCAAGAUACUUUGGACACAACGCCUUCCACCAGAGGGACAAACAGAAGGUUGAAGAGGAGAAAGGUAUCGAACACUGGUGUCACAAACUCUACAGAAGCUGAGAUCGCUCAAAAAUUGGACGCUGAUAGGUCAGUAGUGGAACCGAAAAAGACCCCGAGCAGCUGGGAGGAAAGCUACCGUCACUUUGCAGGACAUAUCAAUAAAUACUUCAGUGCCAAGGUCACUGAUGAGCCGAUCAAGAGAGUGGAAAGGACUCGCACUUACACAGAACAACUUUCAACACAACUUGGCUCAGAAACACACAAAGCUACACCACAAGUCAAACAGGAAGAACCGAACACACCUGAGAGUGGAGGCCUUUUCCACAGCAGCAGUGAUACCACAAACUUUGGGGAGAACUUCUUCCAAAUGGCGGGUCACAUCAACCAGUAUUUCAAGGGUCAAAGUGGAGUGGAAGAGGACAUCGAUCGAGAUCUCCUAUUAGAAAUGGACCAUGGAUCUGCGACCCCAGAGAGCCCGAAGGUGGUUACUUUUAUGGACUGCCUUCGCCAUCCCUCGAGUGCCAUCCCUGACCUGCUGGGUUCUUAUUUAAACCCAGCGGCCCAGACUAAACCUAAACCUGCCACAACCUCACCAGAGAGUGUGCUGAACGCAAAGGUGAGUUCUGCUCCUUUAAGGUUUAUCUUCACAUUUAAUGAUGUUCAUGAUUAAGUUUUUCGUUGUACAUUUUCAGUUUUCCUUGAGUCAGAGACAGGCCCAGGAAAUGACUCGACGGUUGCUCGGCAGUCUGGCUCAGGCUUCGUCUCCUGAAGCUCUUAUCCCCUGCGUGGAGGCGCUCAAUGAACACCUCAUUCGAUACCCGUCAUGCAAAGUUGUAAUGUGGCAGGUUAGUCGGAACAAAACAAUCACAACCACGAAGAUUUAAUCAACUCGUGCAAACUAAGAGUGUCUCUAAAAGGGGGUUUCUUGUCGCAGGAGAAAAGCGCUGUCAUACUGUUGAGAAAGCGGCGAAUGUACAGAGAGAACGUGGACCUUCAGAGCGCUUUGAGAGAAACGCUGGCGCUCAUCGGGUAUCUGGAUUCGGUCAAAGGUCGAGGAAUUAGAGUGCUCUCGAUUGAUGGUGGUGGUACAAGGUAAUUAUAGAAAAAUGCUGGUUACAUGCUGUGUGAUUAUCUACUGUUAGUUUAUAACCAUAUGUGAUGAUUAAAAAAAACAUCAAACCUUUAAAUUUGACAAGAUGAAAAGAGGCAACUCAUAAAAAUUUUGUUUUAAAGUUGACUAAAAGGAUUGAGCAAGAAAAUCAAGUUUCUUUCAUUCAUUGCUCAUUCACCCACAUAUUCUCUAACUGUGUUAAAACCUAGUGUUACGUUUGUUUCAGGCAAUUUUAUUUCAUGGUAUUUUUAUUCCUCUUUAUUUCUACUUGGCUUUUCUCAGGGGUGUAGUUCCUCUCCAGGUCUUGAGGCUACUUGAAGCUGAAACAGGCAAAAAGAUCCACCAGCUGUUCGACUAUAUCUGCGGAGUGAGCACAGGUGAGAAACAACGGAGCUCCACUUUACUUAAAAUAACCAUGAUGUGUUAAAGAAAGAAAUUUCACCUUUUCUCUCUGAAUAUAUAAUUCAGUGUCUCUGCACGUGUUCAUUAAAGGUGCCGUUCUGGCCUUCAUGCUGGGUCUGGCCCACUUUUCCCUCGAGGAGUGCGCUGACAUGUAUCGCAGAUUUGGCUCUGAGGUUUUUCGACAGAACCCUUUGGUCGGCACUGUGAAGAUGGGCUGGAGUCACUCUUAUUAUAACACAGAGACCUGGGAGACGAUACUACAGUAAGAGCUGAGUGGAUGAUAAAGACCACUCAGUGUGUUGAUAAUACAAUCAUGAAAACCUGAUGUUACACAACUUUCUAUUUUCUUUGUAUUUAGAGAGAAGCUGGGGCACAGAGUACUCAUCAAAACCGCCAGAGACGAGUUGAGUCCCAAGGUAAGAAUACUUUUAUUAUCGUGAUAUUUGUUCAUAAAAUCAUCCUGAUAAGCAUCCUUUCUUGAUAAGUCUAAAAAGGUCUAAUAAGCUCUUUAAAAGGUUGUUAGUGGACACAGGCCCUAAAUCUUAAAGCACUUAUAAAGUUCUGUUUUAUUGGUGGGUUAGGGGUUAAAUUAGGGUUCUGCUUUCAAAAGACUUCACUGUGUUUUUCAUAUGUAUUCAGGUUUCAGCAGUCAGCGCUGUGGUAAACUGGGGUACGAGUCCUAAAGCCUUCGUCUUCCGCAACUACAACCACAAACCAGGGUCUCUGAGUCGCUAUGCAGGGGCCUCAGGCUGCCAGAUGUGGCAGGCAGUGCGAGCAUCAUCAGCUGCUCCGGGAUACUUCCAGGAGUUCACCCUGCAAAGUGAUAUUCACCAGGUAGUAACCACUGACUGUUGCUGUGAGCUGCAAUUUCUUUGCAGCCCAGCAGGGGGAGACAGUGCUGUUCAAAAAGGAAAUAAUGAUGAUGUUCAAUGUUUUUGUAGGAUGGAGGAAUUAUCCUGAACAAUCCCUGUGCUUUGGCCGUCCAUGAGAGUCGUCUUUUGUGGCCCAACCAGCCCUUCCAGUGUGUGCUGUCCCUCGGCACCGGUCGCUAUGACAACGCCAAGAGAGGACCUGUGACGUCCACCAGCCUGAGAGCCAAAAUCAGCAACCUGAUCAGCAGCGCCACUGACACUGAAGGAGUCCACACCCUUUUGGACGACCUGCUGGCUCCGGAUGUGUACUUUCGCUUCAACCCCAUGUUGAGCGCUGUGGUGUCUCUGGACGAGAGCCGGCCGAGGGCUCUGGACCAGCUGCAGAGAGACACCCAGAGCUACCUGGAGAGAAACCGGCCCAAACUGGCCAGGCUGUGUUUGGUGCUUGGGGCGGAGAGGUCAGCUGUCAGCAGAACGAAGGACUGGAUGAGUGAGAGGGCCUGGGAGGUGAAGCAGAGAUGGGUUUAAGUUACAAGGCAGACCUGUGCAAAGAUGUCAACAUACACACGGCCAUCUACACUUAGACUGUUGCAUCCAAUAAUAAACAAAAUAGUGUAGCAGAUAUGACAUAUUCUUCUGUUAGCCAAUCAGAGAAAAGCAUUUGUCCUUAUGAAGUGAUUGUCUAAAUGCUAACUUUUGUGCUAGACUGCCUCUAAACAAUUACUCAACUAACAGCAGAAGAUAAGUGUGUGAAAUCCAACAAAGCUUUGAGAUAAGGUGAUAAUUGUGUAAAAUUUAAGGUGGUGCACCAGCCGUGAUAUAUUUAUUUAAUAUUGUUAUCAUGGAAAACAACAACAGCAGGUGUACAGAUCAAAGAUAAUAUAUUCCUGAUUGAUGUGAUCUAGCCAGAAAACAUGUUGCCUGUACAUAACAAGUCCUCCUCGAAGUUAUUCCAUCUUUGGAAAAAUGAUACGCUAUGACAAUUAAUAUUUACGAAGAACUUCACACCCAUUAAGAAGAGUUGUAACUCCCAUCCUUAAUCAGCUCAAACUAGGCAAAGUUUGAAUUUACUCACAGCUGGUGCAACCCACUCCCACAGGCUAUACCACUAUCCAAUGAUAGCAAAUGGAUUCUAGGGUUUUUUAGGCUCCCUUUAUCUCUGUGGUCACUCUUAACUUUGGGAAUGUAAACCAAUUGGUUGAUCUAUGUAUGGGGUCCAGUCUUCUCCUCAGAAGAUGAACACAUUUGGACUCUAUGAUCCCUGACCCUCCUUACUCUCCUCUCUGUAAGGAUAGCAUUUGUAAAUUUGAGUUGAAUAUCCCAUAUCACCCUUAAACAUCACCCUAAAACUUAUUUCUGACACUCAUGCUCCCUUAGUCACACCAUUGAGAAAAAAUAUGAACCCUUUUAAUACAAACCUUCAAAAUUGGACCCGCCAUUCAUUCAGCCUGUAUUUAAUUUAAUGUAAUAUUUAAUACCUCACUUACUGUGCAUGAAGCACUGUGAAAACUUGAAGACACUGGUGCAAAAUGAAUACACAUAUUGAUAAAAAAGCACUUUAUUUUGAAAACCUUGUGUACUAUGACCUAUUGUCUUUGUUGGUGUUUUUGAUGUUAGAAUAAGCUCUAAUCAUACCUCCAUGUGGUUGUAUUUUAUUGUGCAUAAUGGUUAUAUUAUUAGUUUUCAAUAAACUGGUAUUUUUGGAAACCCAGUUUUUUCGACCUGGUCUUGUCAAGUGGAGCGAGACUUUAUCAAUGAGAAAGAAAUCAUCCAAUCACUUGAAUGUGAUGGGUUAAAUCGACCCCAUGUGUCGAGAAGCUGUGCCUUCCCCGUCCACAAUAGACUGACUUUGUUCCAGACAGAAAGGCUUUGUGUGAGAGAGCGUGUGUUCGUGCCAGCCAGAGUGAAGAUACAAGGUCAGUAACCCACCCGCCCUCUAACACACCAAAAACCAACAGCUCACAUGAAAAAAAAAACUAAAAUUUUUGAUCUCUUGUACACGAUAGGGCUGAUUUUUGCGAGACAGAAGCCGGACAACACCUACACUUCAUCCGCCUAGUUGUUCAUGACGUCAGAUCUGCAUUAUUCCCAUCACAAUGAAGAUGACGUUAUAUGUAUGUGUGGAUUUCACAAUGGAUUUAUUAUAACAGGCUCUCAGGGCCUGUUUGUCGUGUGACCCAAGCGCGGGACCACCAUCCCAGUGGGCAGCAUGGGCAUCAGCUAUCUUGACUGACAUCUCCUUUAGGGAUAAAAUGUGACAAAUAACAACACAACUGGACGCUGCUGGAAAAUUUGAGCUGACUGUGAGUACGAUGUCAGGAUCUUUUAGCGGCAGACGAUGAAAAGAAAGUAGGACUCAAGGGAAAAGGAACCAAGGAGCAGCAAAAUACUCAAGGUAGGACCCAUAUUUGUGCUUUUUAGCGUUUCCUUUUUGCACAUUUAGUACGCAAAUCAGAGGACUGAAGAGUGUGUCACUAUGUGGAUAAGUACAUUUGUCCUUCCAUCUGCCAUUCAAGACUCUUAUCAAUGGAAGUUUGAAUGAUGUCAUUGUCUGAGAUGAGAGUGGGAUGGGUCUAAAACUGCAUCAGCAGAUUUUUAUGAGAGUGAAAUCAACAUUGUUCAGCUUUAACACCUGCCUCUGAGAUGACUUUACAUAUCGUUUCAGGAAACUUUUGACUUGGCUAUAUCAUCUAUGUGAACCGCUAAACUCUCAAUAUAGUUGUAGAUCAUGAUAUCAUAUGACAUUAGUAUUUCUUAAAGUUGAACAAAUGAUUACAUGCUAUCAAGUUUAUCUAAAGUGCUUACUUACGCUGUGUUUGGCAUCAACAUGGUAACAAUGUUGUUGUGAGCUUUUAGCAUAGCCUGUAUAUAGAAUGGACGCCGUCUGCCUCCUCGCUGGGUAAAGCCACUCCGAGAACAGCACCCUCUGGUGACGGGCUGCAGUAUAGGUCAUAAAUCCCGCCUCCUCCAGCAAAGCUUAUGGGGCUGUGGACAAACUUUAGAAAUUUAUUACACAAAACAUAGUUUUUUUCCGCCCUGCUUGUGAUGUUGACAUGUAGUUGUUGUAAGAGUAGUUUGUGCUCAAGUCCUCUUUUUUCUGUACAGCUCCGUUUUUAAAAGUUAUUUGGGGUUUAUGUUUUCUAUGAUUGACACUUAAUACAGCCUAUGGGCGUACAAAGAUUCGCUGUUUGAGCCGAGCGACUGUCCCGCCGAAUGCGCACAAUGCUACAGCGCAAGUGGUGGAAUGUGUACAAUGCUACUGUGCAAUGUUGGUUUCAAGAAGUGGAGAAAAAUCUCAGAAAUACGGAGAGCUUUUCGGCUUCAAAUCUGUAUACUGGCGGAAGGCGGAACCAACUUGUUCAUAGUAUAUACAGUCUAUGGCUUUUAGUUGUUGGCAGCUAGCGCAACAUUUAAAUCAGAGUCUUGCUCUUGGAAACACACCUUGGUAUCUGAUGUUGAAUAUCUAUAUAGUAAUAUAGUAAAUUAUUAAGUCAGAAUUUUUCAGACCAGUUUUAUGGGUAACACUUUCUUUUACGGUACACUUAUUACCAGGUAAUUAACAAGUAAUUACCUAGUAACAACAUGAAAUUAUCUGGUAAUUACAUGAUAACUACUAAGUCAAUACUGUCUAGUUUUUCUUUUUUUCUCUUUUCUGUGCAGCUCCAUUUUCAAAAGCUAUUUGGGGUUCUUAUUUUCUAUGAUUGACACUUGAUACAGCCUAUGGGCAUGCGAAGAUUGCGUAGCGAUACGCUGUUUGAGCCGAGCAUUAUCACAGCGACACACCCGCUGAAUGCGUACAAUGCUUCUGCGCAAGUGGUGGUUCCAGGAAGUGGAGAAAAUCCUGGAAAUACCAGAGCAAUUCGGCUUCAAAUUUGUACGAUGAUGGAAGGUUACCUACCUGGUAGCUAGACAGUAUUGACUAGGUAGUUAUCAUGUAAUUACCAGAUAAUUUCGUGUUGUUACUAGGUAAUUACCUGUUAAUUACCUGGUAAUAAGUGUACCGUAAAAGAAAGGGUUACCGUUUUAUGGCACAUAGCUGAUGACUGAACGUUUCAGUGUCUUUAACUUUCUCUCCGGCCGCCUCUUGUGCUCUCCCUGAUGACGCCAAAGUGUAAAUGACAGGUGCUCUGAUUCUGAACAGGCAGCUUGUGCUGUCGAACGCUCCCUCCCACAUGCCAUCUGCUCUUACCCGAGCCCCCGGCCAACACGUGCCAAAGGAGACCUUGCAAGCAUAGAGACCUUGUUGUCGUCACUGAGCGGCCUCUGUCCGUCUCCCUGCCUCUUCACUGUGCAAUCUGGUGCAUGGCACUGAUCACUGCUCUCUGCCAGGCCUGCUUCGGUUUCAAUGUAUGGGCUGGAAAAAGCCCAUUCAGGCAGCCAAGAAGCUCGGCAUACCCUUCUGUAUUUAUUCUCCAUGUGAGGCAUGUCAAGUCUUUUCAGGAGUGAACACUGAGAUGGGAUCAGGGCCAGAGGAGUUAAAGCAGCAGAGCAGCUCGAGCCUCUCUACGUCAUAGGUGCUGUGAUUCAUCAAAACUAAUGUAAGGAUGCCCUAUCUUAAAAGUAGGGUGAUAUAUUCAUAAAAAAUCCAAUUUGAAUAAACCAGUUCACCUUGUUUUACCCACAUACCUCCAUCACUGAGCUAUUGUUUGGCCCAUUCAGGGCUAGUUUGUAUAGGCAGCCUAUGUGGGCUCCUGAAUGCCUACACAGGUCAGGACUCUGUCAGAUGCCUUUUGUUUGCACAAAUACAGCUUCUCCUGUGUCUUUGGCACUUUCCCUGAGGAAAAAAAAAACCCUGUUCCCUCACUGUGAGAUUAUCUCAGCACAAAUAGUUAUGACCUUUUCCCCCUCUCAGGAUGUGAAUGUUGAUUUGUAUUCAGGGAUACUUAAAGCUCCUGUGAGGGUUCACAAAGUUAUAUUGAUACUGAUGUCUUAUUUUGAUAUAAAAAUAGCAAAUAAGACCACCUGUGACGAGUUUUAAUAUGUCUAUAUGGUUAUUUUAUAUACCUGUCAUCCCUGCCGUGAGGGUUAGGUGUCAGAUGAAGAUAUUUCCAUCACCAAACAUCCAUUUGUUCAUUAGUUAGUUGCAUGUUUGAAAUGAUAUUGAGAUCUUUGACCUGAGAAAGAAACUACUUUCACAUGUGCGAAACAGAAAAAUUCACUGUCUUGUCCAUAGAUGGCGCCAUAAUCAAUACAACCUAAUAAAUCCUGAUAAGAGCUUUAAAAAAAACAGGGUGUUCAAUCUUCAGUCUCAUAAAGACUGAAGAAAAAUGUGUUUAAUACUAAUUGGACGUCUGUGAAAGUUUGCUAUUUUCAUCCUUUCUUUGUCAGCAGGUCAUGAGAAUCUACCACAUGUUAAAUUCAUGCAAAGAGAAACAACCAUUUCUUUCAUACUUUGUUCCCGGCUCUCUCCGGCCAACAAUAAAGCCCACAUUUUGAUGUCAUCAAAACCAGCAAGAAUGCAAAUUGUUUCGUGCUUUCUUUUGACUGCACCAAUCUGAUUUUGUUGACACUGGAGCAGGUCAAAGCAAACAUUAUUCUGCUCUGAGGCUGCAGUAAGAAACACUCUUCUGUCUUUUAAAAUUCACAGCUGAUGGUUUUUAAAACAUUCAAAUUCAGGCUAAAAAUAUUGUAACUUCUGUUUUAUUCUUUGACAAACUCGGGAUUGUAUUUAAUGGAUUGUUUUUGUUCAGAGUUAUGAGAGCCCGGUCAGCACAGUGGACUGAAGUGGGUGAUGAGUGGGUGGUGUUUGGUGCUCAUUCAUUAUUCAUAAGAUGGGUGGGCAGAGUGUAAGUGGCAGUGGCAGACAGAAACUCUAUUACUGAAGUGAAUGAAGUCCUCGAGGGUCCUUGACCUAAUAUUUGAAGGACUGAGAAAUUAUUUUGGUAAUCUGAGCAAACAGGAAUAAUUUAGUGAAAGGAAAUAUUGGCAGAGAUGGGGAGGAGAGAGUCCUGAUUCGGCUUUGACAUGAGAGAUGUAAGUACUGACAAGCUUUUGUUCUGAUCAUACUUACAUCACUUGUGGUUUAUAACAUAUCUGAAGAGACAAUGUGGUGAACAGAUUUAAAUACUUAGAAAUUCUGACUUUCUUGUACACUUGUGCAACCAUAAACCAGUCCUAUUACACUUUUAAGGAGUUCACUUUGUCAUCUUUGAAAGAAUCUGUGGAGGAUAUGGAAAUGGUGGAUAUAACUAAGCAAUGUAUUCAUGAACAUUUUGAUUGCACUUGUCUUUUACGUCAAUAUUUUCACCAUCAUUUAGAGUGUGUCAUUUGAAUAAGCUUUUCUGCACCUUUCCAGCUACAAAUAGCAGAUUUAUAAACACUAAUUGUUUUACACACCAUCCUUUCAAAUAUUUGACAUCUUAUUUGUGUUUUUAUGUUCUAAAUGCUGAAAAUUUGUUGCAUCUGGCUGUUAUUUUGAGGUUUUUAUGCACUAAGUCAAGACUUCCUAACUACUUACUCUCACAGUUUCUGAUAUCCGUUUAAAUAUCAGUAUAAAAACAUUAAAAAAUCUUGUUUCCCAUUAAAGGUACUAUGAGGGUUUUUUCAAAUGACUUCAACAGAGUUUCACAUUUACACUACUGCUUCCUUGUGACCUACUUUCUAAAAUGAGUUUACAAUCAGUGAUCAGCAGUGAUUCGUAGUAUGAAACCAGUAUGUCUCAUCACUUUUUAAGCUAAUGAUUAAGUUUACUUUCUUUUGCUAACACACCAAUUUGGCAAGGGUUACAUCUUUACGACAGUCGGUGAUGGUGCUCAUGGGAAUUGUAGUCUUUAUACUAGAAAUUCACAACAGAUUAGGGGCCAACACAACAAGAAACCUCAUGAGUGUACUUUCCUUUAUUGUAUCCAUAAUUUGAUUUUUUUGCAUUUAUUAUAAAAGGACAGGUGCAUUUUAAAAAAGAGCAUGUGACUAUUUUGUCUUUUUUGUGCUGCUGUAGAAUCAUGGUUAGGGUGAGGGGUUAAAUAAAAAAAAAACCAUCAAACAAUUUUUAUUUUCAGGUGUUAAAUUAACUGAUUUAAAAAUACUUACAAAUAUUACAUCCAGUUCCUGCCAAAUCUGUUCUGCAACAUGCUGCUAAAAUCUACAUACUGUACCUUUAAGGAUCAAAAUGGCUCUUCCCCUAACUGUGAAUUAAGUCUCAUAAACAUGUAUUCCUCUUGUUUUCUAACUGACACAAACAGAGUGAACUUGUGUUUUUCUUCUUUUCAUAAAGACUUGGUGAAGGAGAUCCAUGCGCUGUAAAAAUGGAGACACUGUUCACGCCAGCGCUGCUGCUACUUCUAUGGCAGAGUGUUUGGAGUAUAGACGUCCCUUUAGAAGGUGAGUCACUUAACUUGAACUACUAUGCUGUAGUGAAAGAUAUUUAUUGACAUAUCAUGUACUUCUAUGAAACACUAACAUGAUUUAUUUCUGUCCCUGCAGUCAGACAGCCUCCGACCAUCAUAAAGCAGUCCAUGAAGGAGCACAUUGUUGACCCUAAAGACACCAUGGUCAUUGAAUGUGAAGCCAAAGGAAACCCUCACCCCAUGUAAGAGCUGAUGACGUCUGCUGAAUGGUUUACAGUCAAUCUGACAUAAUCUACGAACCACCUCAUUCUGGUUUCUCUCCUUGUUUCCUCUCAAUCAUAAAGUUUCUCAUGGAGGCGUAACGGGAAGUACUUCAACAUCGCACGUGACCCUCAAGCGUCGAUGCGCAGGCGCUCAGGGACGCUGGACAUCUACGCCUGGAACAAUCCAGAACAGUAUGAAGCAGAGUACCAGUGCAUUGCCUCCAAUGAGUAUGGAUCUGCAUACUCCCACAGGAUUAUCGUCAGACUAUACAGUAAGAGCAGUUUUACAUAAACAAAAUAUCCAAAAUGCACAACCACAGACAAGAUGUGCAGAGACCUUAAUCAGAGCCGGUCCAAGCCUCAAUGGGGCCCUAAGCAAAAUUUGAUUUUGGGGCCCUCUAUUUCUGCCAAUAAUAUUGAUUGUUGAUCAUUCACACACCUUCACAAAUCUCUUUGAUUAACAUUCCAUGACAUGCAAACACCUUUAUCUUGGCGUAUUUUCUCCUCUUCCUCUUUCUUUUCUCUGCUCCUGAAGGAUACAUCCUUUUUUGCGACAUUGUUUUGCCUUACAAGAACCUGUGAUUUGGAUGCUCAGUGCACAUAAUGCUAGCGGAGCUUUGACAUAUCAGCAGUAAGAAUCAUAGGCCUACAUCAGCAGCAGCAAUAAAAUGUUUUUAAUUUAUUUUAUUUUUUACCAUAAUAUAUGUUUGAUCAUACAAAAGGCAUCACUUAUACAUGCAAAAAAUAAAAAAUAUUAUUAUUAUUAUUUUUUUUUUUUUAUUGCUCCUGGGGGGGCCCCCUACUGGCCGCGGGGCCCUAAACAGGCGCUUAGUUCGCUUAUGCCUAGGGCCGCCUCUGACCUUAAUUUAGCCUUUGCAUGUGGACAGGAAUUCCUUAAUCAUGAAAAGCAAAACAAACUCUGGGGUGGUAUUUCUUUAAUAAAUCUUCUGAAUAUGUUAAAAAGGGAAUAAAAUAGUUCACAAAAGAUCUUUAGUAUAUAUUCAGUAUAUCUUAUUUAUCUAAAACCUUGACUCUAGCCCAUAAAACAUACAACUUAAGUGUUUCAGCGAGUUAUUGUCACCAAAAACCCUUUUUUGUCUCUGAGUGGAUCCAUGUGCUUCAUCAUGUUUCUGUGUGUGCAGGAGCUCCCAUGUGGCCGAGGGAGAUUCUGGAGCCUGUCGUGGUUAGCAUCGGCCUGCCUCUGGUCUUGUCAUGUGAUCCUCCACCUGGCCCACCCAAACCUGAAACCUACUGGAUGUCCAGCUGUAGGUGUUCCUCAAUCAUUGUCGUAAAAAAUUGUAUCAAGAGCCAUUAACCAAGAUUUACUUUUUCAAAUGAUGUUUUAACACAGGCUCUUAUGCAAGACCUUUCAACUGGCCCAUUCAGACGGCUUUCCCCACCAUGCAGCCUGUGCGGCCGGACCGCAGGGUUUCCAUGGGAAUAAACGGAGACCUGUACUUCUCAAACGUCUUGUACAACGACUCUGCUCAUGAUUACUGCUGUAACGCUCGAUUACCCUACAAGAAUGCCAUCCAGCAGAAGAUGCCUGUGGUAGUAAAAGUCAUUACAAGUGAGUAUGAUUGCAGGGUUCCCAAUGUGCAUUUGGCUUUUUCUGCAGUCGUGUUGCAGAUGUUUGCACUAAAAACUUCAUUAAGCAAAGAUAAUUACUAAAUGUAGAGAAAUAAUCCAAUCUGUAUGUGAAGACAGUGUGAGAUUUAGAUGUGUAUGAUUAGAGAAACACCAGCAGAGAAAGAGUAAUACAUCAUACAUCAUGUUUUGGCAAUUAAAACAGCAAAAUAUGGAUAAAUAGUGUCAAAAAAUGACAAAAUAGAGGAAAAGAUGACAUACGCCAGAGGGAUUUCUAUCAGUCUAAAAAGCUAGUUAAGGUACCUGACUUAAACUAACCAAACAAAGCCACUAACAACAAUUAUUUUGAGUGUUUUUGCGAUAACUUCUAUCGAUCUCAUGCUGGCUAAAGUGGAUAUUUUGUUUUAUUUCAGACUGCACCAUCAUUUGCUCCAACUAAACGUACUAACUGUGGUGAGUGUGUGUUUUGCUUCAGCUCUCCUCUCCUGUUUUACGGUCAGCUUGCACUUUUUAGGGGUUAAAAAGUCAACACAAGCAUGGAUGACCACUGUGCUCUGCUGUUUCCCCAACCAGCUCGGACUAAGGCCGAGGCUGCCCCCACCUGGCUGUCUCCUACAGGGUCAUCCAGCUCCAUCCUGGUCCUGCAGGGAGAGGAACUGCUGCUGGAGUGUAUCGCUGCUGGAGUGUGAGUAAGAAGCCAAGGGCACGAAGUAUAAUUUUUGUGUAACUGCUGAAAAAUGUCUAAAAAUCUUCUUUUUGCUCAAUUUUAUCCUUAAAUCAAGGCCGACUCCUCAAAUUACAUGGACCAAAGAUGGAGAGGAACUUGUGGCCACAUCCCGCAUGAAAAUCAAAAACUUCAACAAGAUGAUUCAGAUCCCAAAGGCAGCUUUUGAAGAUACGGGUGAUUAUGUCUGCACUGCCACCAACAAAAUCGGAUACAUCGAGCACACGAUAACCGUCAGGGUCAAAGGUGAGACACUCGAUUUCAAACCCUUUAUCCCCUGCAGAAAUCAUUUACAAGCGGCUAACAUGCUAAUAUUUGACAGCGGCUCCUUUCUGGUUGGAGAAGCCCUCUGAUUUAGUUUUGGCCCCUGAGGAAAAUGGACACCUGGUGUGUCGUUCUGAUGGGGUUCCCCGCCCUACGAUCAGCUGGUUCAUCAACGGGGAGCCAAUCGAAAGUGAGUUUUUUAAGAUCAAGUCUAAAACUUAAAAACAGAACCAUCUGCUGAUUGAUAUUUUAUGUUUUAUUUGCAUUUUUUUCUACAGCUGCUACACCACAGCCAAACAGACAAGUAUCAGGAGAUACACUGACUCUACGCGGCGUGACUGCAUUGAACAAUGCUGUCUACCAGUGCAACGCCUCCAACCAAUAUGGUUACCUGUUCGCCAAUGCUUUUGUCAAUGUCCUACGUAAGUCACCACUCUGCUUUGACUUUUACAGAUGCAGAGCCUGCACAUAUACAGAAGACUGUAAAAUAUGACUUUUGUUCUUCAAUAUUUCUGUAGAUGCGACCCCUCGUAUUCUUGGGCCCAGGAAUGAACUCGUCAAGGUGGUCGAGGACAGCCAUACCUUCUUAGAAUGCCGCUACUUUGGCUCCCCUGUGCCAGACUUACGAUGGUGAGAGAAAACUGUUUGAUACUUUUACAUGAACACUAAGUUAAAGGUGGGGUGGGCAGGAUCUGAGGAAGUGCCAGUAUUUGGGAGAAAUCUUGAACGUAAACUCUACCCCUCCCAACCAGUUUUUGAGAUUAUAAAAUGUUGACUACACAGACGUAAGAGAACAAAGCGAUAUCGUGACGGAAUCCUGCCUACCCCACCUUUUAAAGUAAUUUUUUCCGUUCAAACAGGUCCAAAUAUGGGCAAGGGAAUCUUGAAGGAAACCGUUUCAAGACCCACAGUAACGGGACCCUGGAGAUAAGACGCAUACGAAUAGAGGACCAGGGGACUUACUUGUGUAUAGUCAGCAACCUGGCGGGAAGAGAUGAGAGUCAAGUCCGAGUAGAGGUCAAAGGUGAGAAAGGACUGUGUUUAAUUACGAAACUUUCAGUGAGCCGUUCCUAAAUACUGUGAUUCAUGUUUUCUUCUAUACUUUUCAGAGCCUACAAUGAUUGUAACAAGACCUCAGAGCAUGAAAGUCAUCAGAGGGACCGAUGUACGCUUUGAAUGUGGUGUAAAAGCCGAUGUCACAACUCCUGUCACAACCACCUGGAUGAAGGACAAAAGGACAGUAACAUACGGUUGGAGGUACGUCCUCUAAAAGUGAAGAUCUCAAAGGACAAUCUUGAUUUUCCUUCUUUCAUGCAGUGUAUGGUGCAAAUGAGUGAGAAUCUUGAUUCCUACCUAUUUUUAUUUGCAUCUAGGAUCUCUUUGGAUGAAUCAAACCUGAUCAUUACAAAUGUAAACAGAGGCGAUGAGGGAAACUACACCUGUAUCAUCAAGAGCGAGCUGGACCAGAAGUCUGCUUCAGCACGCCUAAUGGUGAUGGGUAUGACAUGUUCAAAACCAACAAUAUUUCAACAUCCGUACUGCAUGAAAGCUUUUUAAUUGAUCAUUUCUGUUCGUGCUCAGACCGUCCAGAGCCCCCCACUAACUUGGAGUUGUCAGAUCCGUAUGAACGCAGCGUAAGACUCAACUGGGUUCCUGGAGCGAGCAACCACAACCCCAUUACAGGUAAAAACCCAUUUGACUAAAUAACUCACCAAACUGAAUAGACAUGUUUUAAUGAGUUCUUCGUAUGCUCACCAGAUAUUAACCUCAUUAUUUCCCUUUUGCAGAUUACUUAGUCCAGUAUGAUGAUGAUGACUGGUUGCCUGGAAAGUGGAGGAACCUGUCAACAUACCCAGGAAACCUCAACUCUGUUGUUCUGCAUCUUAACCCUUUCACCUACUACGAGUUCAGGGUCAUCGCCAUCAAUGAAAUCGGGAUGAGCCGCCCCAGUCGUCCAUCCAAGCGCUUCCAGAGCAGCGGUGCACGUGAGUCUGAUGCGAAUAAAGAAAGAAGUUAAAUAUCUGAGCUGGGGAUGAAGUCCCACUCAAGUUGACCAAUCAAGUUCCCAUCAUGAUUAAGUUAUUAUAAAUGGGAGGGAGGAGCCAUCUUGGAUUUUGAGCUUGGGGUAACUGUUCCAAGUUUCCAAGUCUCUCUGAAAGCUGUUCUUUAAGCUAACGAUAUAAAAACUGAAUUUGUGUUCCUGUGCAGCCCCAGAUGUCAUCCCAAAGAACCUAAAGGGUGUGGGCACAUGGAGGAAUAACAUGGAGAUCAGCUGGGAGGUAACAAAGACCGAACCUGCUAUUAUUUAAAGUGUCUAACACGAUGAAAUCAAACACUGCUGUCGUUCUGCGUCCAGCCUCUGACCUACAGAGAGUGGAACGGACCUCACCUGAAGUACCUCGUGUGGUGGAGGAGGAAAGACUCUCGGGAGGAGUGGAAGAAUGCAACCACCAAAUGGCUGAAAUAUUACAUCUAUGAUGCAGAUACCUUCACACCCUAUGAGCUGAAAAUUCAGGCUGUAAAUGACUUCGGGUUGGGUCCAGAGUCUCCUGUCGUCACCGGAUACUCUGGAGAAGAUCGUGAGUGCCUACAUCAACUUUAUUUACACACAGAAUGUAUGGUUUGUGUUUGUUCUGGCGCCAGUCAAAAACUCCUUAUAGUGCCUUUAUAUUUACAUUGUGCCAUUUAGCCCAGAGGUAUAAAUCAAACAUAGCAGAUCUCUCUUUUCUUUAUCUUCAUUGAUAAUAACAAUAACCUCUGUUGUCUCAGGUCCAGUAGCGGCACCACUGAACCUGAGACUGUCCGACAUCGAGAGCACUCAGGUCACCGUGCACUGGGACCCAGUGCCACGAGGCGCUAUGAUGGGAGAACUGAAGGACUACAAGGUGUGUGUAUUCAUGUUGGAUGAUGAUUAUAGUCGAUAUUUACAUUAGUUAACAGUAACUGAAGAUGAACAGCUGCCAAAGGAAAGUUGAAGAAGUUUUAAAAAGUAUAAAAGUGGAGCCAGAAUCUGUGCAGUAUAUAGACUGGUCUUGGCCGUUCAAAAUGUUGUGUGUUGUCUACACUCAGGUGUAUUAUUGGCGGGACAGCAGCCAGCUGAGAUGGCACCGUGUCAACCGAGGGAUGAAGUCCCAAACUUUUGAAGACGGUGGUCCAGAGCCGUCUGGUGUCGUCACAGAUCUUAUACCUUACAGCAACUACAAGAUGUAUAUCGUGGUCACAAACAAUCGAUACGAAGGUCCGCCCAGUAAUUAUAUUCACUUCUCGACGCCUGAAGGAGGUGAGACACAUCUCAAAUUUACACAACUGAAAAUAAGAGCGCACCUGUCGGAGAGUGAUGUUAGCCGUCUCCUGUUCUGCUGUGUUUGUCUUUAGUGCCAUCUGUUCCUAAAAACUUCCGAAUCCAACAACGUCACCUGGACAGUAUUUAUGUCGACUGGGAGCUGCCUGCUGAACCCAAUGGUGUCGUGACUGGAUAUUCCCUCAAGUACCAGACAGGUGUGCUUGUUUCUCACUUCACAGAUGUUUCACUUUCAAAGCAGUUUGUUGUCAUCUGCAGCCCUCUGAGGAGGAACCAAAGAAAUGUUUUAUGGCUUUAUUCUGCAAAAGCUAGCAAAGGUUUUUAUGUGAGACUAGAGUCCAGGUUUCAGUUGCACAUAACAGCAGAUUUAAUAACGCACUCGAAGGCUAAAACACCCUGAAAAUGUGCUCUUGAGGGGGUAAUGAACACUCGUGUUGGCUCUCUCUGAGCAGGUGAGGCACUUACCUGCUCAGCUGCGCUCACUCGACCAGCCUCAAGAGUCCUCCUCAUGCAGUUAUUUUCACUCUCUCCACAGUGAACGCCACCAGGGGAGAGGAGCUGCGACUCGAGGAGUUUCCUCCGAAUGUCACGAGCUUCUCAGUCCGCCGAUACGACCGCUACACCAGGUACAGAUUCUCAGUGGCAGCUCGGACUCGGAUGGGACUAGGAGAAUGGUACACAGAGGAGUCCCCACACUACACCACAGAAAGUAAUUCGUCUCUUCCUCUGUGUAUUGUGUUGUUUUAUGUAUAUCUACAUGGGUGGAUAAGUUUGUGUCUAAAGAUGUGUGCAUGCACUUGUGAAUCUCAGCGUACGCUACAGACCAGGUGGACAUCACCACUCAGGGCUGGUUCAUCGGGAUAAUGUGUGCCGUGGCUCUCAUCGUGCUCAUCCUGCUCAUAGUCUGCUUCAUCAAGAGGAGCCGAGGGGGGAAAUACCCAGGUACAGGGUUUACUCAUAUCCUAGCAAGUCCACAUACUCACAUCUAUCUCUUAUAACAAAGGCUUGUUUCGAUUUUAGUCAGAGAAAAGAAAGAUAUUUCUCUGGAGCCGGUGGAUGACAAAGACCAGGAGGGAUCGUUUGACUAUCGGUGAGCAUUUGGGUGGAUACAUGGGAGUAAAGUUUACAGCUGCAUCUUAACUUCAGUUUUUUCAGUUCAUUAUUUUUAAUAUAAAAUCCCAGUUUGGAUUUAUUGGAGAUGUGAUAAAGUCGAAGUAAUAAUCAGAUAUUUUUAGUAACAUUAAAGAACAGCUCAACUGCUAAAGGGAUAUUCCAGCAAAAAAUUAAGUUUGGGUCAAACACACUGCAACACUGAAUUAGAAACCCCCUCCAGAGAUGAAUGUUGCCGACUGCUUGCUUCUCUUGUUAUACCAACUUAAGUAAUGAGCGCAGAUAGCAAUACAGAGAGCCACACGCUCACCCAAAACGCCACUCUAUAGCCACAAAUAAUGCUCAGAACAGCACCUAACUUCAUCAACAGUACAGUUCAUAUAGGGUCCCAGCCACAGUACUAGCCACCAAACAUCUUUUUAGCUUUGCCUGAUUUCUUUAGCAAAGAGACUAAACACGACUUACUCACUCCCUUCCAGCAGCCGCUUGUUUAUACGGAGACCAUUGACUGCUGCGGGGUGACGCAGCUCAAGGAAGAACAUUUAUGAUAAUUUCUUUAUCAUUUCCUUGAAGUAAUAAUCAUCAUAUUAAUCAUUUUGCACUGCAGAAGCGGUAGUUCUUCUGCCGUAGCGUCUCGGUCUGAUUGCAUUUCCAUGAAGUAAUGAUCAUAAAUGUUCUUCCUUGAGCUGUGUCACCCCACUGUGGUAAUGGACUCGCACUGGGGUCUCUGUACAAACAAGCGGCUGCUGGAAGAGAGUAGGUGAGUUGUGUUUAGUCUCUUUACUAAAGAAAUCAGGCAAAGAGUAUAUACUGUUGAUGAAGUUAGGUGCUGUUCUGAGCAUUAUUUGUGGCGUUUUGGUUGAGUGCGUGGCUCUCUGUAUUGCUAUCUGCGGUCAUUACUAAAGUUGGUAUAACAAGAGGAGCAAGCGGUCGGCAACAUUUAUCUCUCGACGGGGUGUCUAACUCAGAGUUAUGGUGUAUUUGACCCUAACUUAAUUUUACGCUGGAAUAUCCCUUUAUUUGUGUGACUAUAAUCAUAGUAGCCCUGUUUGAUCUGUAGUUGUGCAUCAGAAUACUAUAUUGUGACUAUUGACAAAUAAAUAAGAAAAAUAAGUUUAUUUUUAAUCAAAUUUCAGCUCUCAUGAUGCACAGAUACAGAUCAAGUCUUGAUCCAGUAUUUAUGACUCGAUUUGUUGACCUCACUGAUAUUUUUUUCUUUUCACCUUACCUUAUCUACCUAAAACUUUUACCCUCCCGUACUUCAACCCUGUUCUUUUUCAACUGAAUCAACCAAGGUCUCUUGAAAGGUAUGAAGCCACUAAAUAUUGACACUAUUGACACACGAACUGUAAAAACCUACACGGCAAUAUCUGCCAUUUUUAAUGCCCUAUUCAACUCGCAUAAGUUUGUAGCUAUACAAUGAUAUUAACCAUGAUACUGGAACUGUGAUACAGAUUUCAUCAGAAUAGAAAUGAUCAAAUUUGAUUAAAAAGCCACUCAGGAAAUGAAAAGUCCAAUCAAAUCUUUUCUCACUCCAGGAUAGCACGAGUCACCACUCUACCUUACCCUCGGCGGUAUGUCCACAUCUUUUCUCCUUAAUACAUCGGUACAUCUGAUAUUUUCACCCCCCUACAAUCAAGUGUUUGCUGUUUUUUGAUAAUAGAGAGGAGGAGAGAGGGCUGCAAAGAGGCCAGCCGUCUAUCGAGUCCAUUAUGAAGCGCUCGGACAGUGACGACAGCCUGGUGGACUACGGCGAAGGAGGGGAGAUCCAGUUUAACGAGGACGGCUCGUUCAUAGGCCAGUACACCGGGACCAGGAGGGACAUCAGGGAUGUAGACUUUGGUGUCGGGAGUCUGGAGCUCCACUCACCAAAGAAUACCAUCUACUCCCUCGCAUGA